GUGGUGAGGCUGUGUGGGGCCAUGGUGGAUGCAGGCCGAGGCUUCACUCAGGCGAGCCGCCUCUUUGUGGGCGGCCUCAGGGACCUCUCUGGCCACUGCUCCCAGGACGCCGUCAUCUCGGGUCCCCUAAACCGGUUCGCUGAUGGACUUCAGGAGCUGACCAACCACAACGCAAUUUUGCUGGAGCAGGCACAGACUUCCAUCAAGAAUCAACUGCAGCGGUUUAUCCUCGACGACGUGAAAGCGCUCCGUGAGUCCCGUCGCAUGCUGCUGAGGGUGAGUGAUGAGCUGGAUUCCUCCCUGGGCCGCCACCUGGGCCUCUCGGCCUCCCGGGCCGCUCGCCCACACGAGGCCGAGGAGGCCGCUGGGGCCGUCGCCGCAGCACGGAAGUGCCAGAGGCACGUCGCCCUUCACUUCCUGUUACAGAACUUUGAGCUUCAGUGCAAGAAGAAGUUUGAGAUCUUGGACUCGGUGUUGUCGUACAUGCACGCCCAGUCAACGUUCUGUCACCAGGGCUCCGACCUCUUCAGUGACCUCGAGCCAACGAUGAAGACACUCGCCCUAAACUUGGAGCGUUUGAAGACGGAGGCUCGGACACGCAAGCGCGAGAUGGAGAUACAGCACGCACACGCACAGCAGCAGCAGCUGGAUGGCGUGGUGGACGAGUGUGAGUUGAGCUUCGACGUUGAGGCUCCCAGUGGACUCGUCAUGGAGGGAUACCUCUUUAAGAGGGCAAGCAACGCCUUCAAGUCUUGGAGCAGAAAAACACCAACACACGUCAGGAGGUGGUUUGCAAUUCAGAACAAUCAGCUGGUUUAUCAGAAGAAAUACACAGAUGUCCCCACUGCGGUGAUUGAAGAUCUCCGGCUGUGUUCCGUGAAGCCGAGCGACGAUGAACAGAGACGAUUCUGUUUUGAGGUGUCCUCACCAACCAAGAGCUGCGUUCUCCAGGCCGACUCUGACCAGGCGAGACGGAUUUGGACUCAGGCUGUCCAAGCGAGUAUCAACUCCGCAUACAGAGAGCCCCGCGUCUACCCCCUCCCCCCACCGCCCCCCUCCCUCCCCGUCGACCCCUCCCCUCACCACCCCCCAAGCCCCGCCCACACCGCGCAAGCCACGCCCCCUCCCAGCUGCGUGCUUGCUCAGGUUCAGGCUGUGGACGGCAACUCCCUCUGUGGAGACUGCGGACACUCAGAUCCUCGCUGGGCAAGCAUCAACCUGGGCAUAGCCCUGUGCAUCGAGUGCUCUGGCAUACACAGGAGUCUGGGAGUUCACGUCUCUAAAGUUCGCUCCCUGACCCUCGACACGUGGGAGCCGGAGUUAGUUAAGGUGAUGUGCCUGUUGGGUAACCGUGUGGUGAACAGCUUCUACGAGGAGAUUCUGGACCCAUCCGUGCCUCGCUCCACUCCUCACAGCUCCCGGUAACCCAUGGCAACAAGCCCCAUA